GCAUACGUGAACGCAGUGAAGGAAUUGCCAGCUGAAAUGGACGCCUCCCAUUGGGUCGUUGCAUUUCUUCUUUUCACCGCAUCCCAAGGAACACAACAGCGCCUUAUCGUUGAUGAUAACGCUCCAUUGUUUGAUGACUUCCCAGGUUACCGGUCCACAGAUGACGUUUCAAAGGAUGUACCACCACGGAACAGAGAUGACACCUCGACUACGGCGCCAGAGGCACUGGUGGAAUCCACCGGCGCCUUACGCUCAAUGGAGGAGCAUGACGCCACAUCACUGCUACUGCCGGGCCGCGUCGACGUCACCACCAGAAGAAGCAACGUAAACGUGUCAUUGUCAGCCAUAACAACAGCAAAUCCGCCUGAAGAUGAUAACCAUGGACAUUUUUCUAUACACCUAUAUAUCCAUCAAAUAAUUUCCGUCAUUCUCGCAUGUGGCCUGGGCGUCUUUCUAUUAUUCCUGUUGGUAAAAUGUGUGAAACAGUUGCUGCGCUGUAUACAGCGCAAUCGCACUCCCGAACUACAACGGUUUCCACUGAGUCUUCAGGAACUGAUUGCAAGAGACACCCAGCAACCGUACUCCACAGAACCAUGA